GGUUUCUCGUCCUUCUCCAAUCUCCGUGUUGUUGUUCCCGGUGACGCGGCGGAGGUGUAGCCUGACGCGGGCUCUUACGUGUCGGCCAGAAUAAAAGUGGAGCUCCGGAGGCCCGGGAGUGACGAAGGGAGUCUGUAUCGCUUAGCCGAUGAAGAUGGAGUCAGUGGAGGUUCAGCAGGGAGUGGAGGCUGCUGUGACUGAGGCGGAGACCCAUCAGAUCGCCCAGGCACAGAUCGCUACUCUGGCACAGGUAACCAUGACAACAGGCCACGCCUCAGCAACAGGUCCCACAGUAACACUCGUACAGCUUCCCAACGGACAGACGGUUCAGGUCCACGGUGUGAUCCAGGCUGCACAGCCAUCUGUUAUCCAGUCCCCACAGGUCCAGGCUGUACAGAUCUCCACCAUAGCAGAGAGUGAGGAUUCACAGGAGUCAGUAGACAGUGUGACUGACUCCCAGAAGCGCAGAGAGAUUCUGUCACGACGCCCCUCAUACAGGAAAAUCCUGAAUGAUCUCUCGUCCGACGCACCUGCUGUCCCUCGUAUCGAGGAGGAAAAGGCUGAGGAGGAUUCAUCUGCCGCUGCUGCAGCUGCCACACCUUCGAUCACCACAGUGACUGUGCCCACGCCCAUCUACCAGACCAGCAGUGGCCAAUACAUUGCAAUCACACAGGGUGGGGCCAUUCAGCUGGCUAACAAUGGUACAGAUGGAGUCCAGGGCCUUCAGACUCUCACCAUGACAAAUGCAGCAGCCACCGCCCAGCCCGGAGCCACCAUACUCCAGUACGCACAGACCAGUGACGGCCAGCAGAUACUGGUUCCCAGUAACCAGGUGGUGGUGCAAGCCGCCUCCGGUGACGUCCAGGCUUAUCAGAUCCGAGCAGCCCCCGCCAGCACCAUCGCCCCAGGGGUGGUCAUGGCCUCAUCCCCUGCCCUCCCCACCCAGGGCGCUACUGAGGAGGUCACCCGCAAACGGGAAGUCCGCCUCAUGAAGAACAGAGAGGCAGCUCGCGAAUGUCGCAGGAAGAAGAAGGAGUAUGUUAAGUGUCUGGAGAACCGAGUCGCCGUCCUGGAGAACCAAAACAAGACACUAAUCGAAGAACUGAAAGCCCUUAAAGACCUUUACUGCCAUAAGUCUGAGUAGCUGUGUCCUGAACAGCGAGCUGGGCCAAGUAGCAUUUCAGUUCUCUUCAAAUACUCCGACUGUUUCAGCCUGCCUGGCCUUCCAGUCCUGCUUACAGUAUGUUAUCUUCAGUAACAAUGAAUUUAAAACACACUAAACCUUUCCCGUAUCAGAACAUUAAAACCCCUGUGCAUACUGUCAUCCAGGUCUGAUGUUAGACAAGUGCCAACUGAAACUUUAAGUCUAAAACAGAAGCUGCGAUCCCAAGCCUGCGUCUUCUUGUCGUAGAUUUGGCUUAUACCCAAAUAAGUUAGUGUAAUGCUGUACUCAUCACGGUCAUUGUAGGGAUACUUCACUGGA